CCUGACGCCUGGCUGGGUUUCCAGGGGAGAUGUUACUACUUCUCCAGCAACGAGAGCGAUUGGGACUCCAGCAGGGCCAACUGCGAGUCCAUGGGCGCCUCGUUGGCUUCCAUCCACAGCCCGGAUGAGCUG